AAAUUUUUCGGGGAUAAUUCGUGGGACACCUAAACUCGGUGCACGGUAGCAUUCAGUUCACUACUGAGGAGGAGAAGGAAGGAAUGCUGCCGUUCUUAGACGUGCUCGUGAGGCGUGAAACAGACGGCCGCCUGUCACACACGGUUUACCGUAAACCGACACACACAGACCGGUACCUACGAGCCGACUCACACCAUCAUCCCUCCCACCUUGCCUCUGUUUCCCGUACUUUAAUCAACCGGGCACUGAACCUGUGUGAUCCCCAGUACAUUGACGCGGAACUUGAUCACCUUAGACGGGUACUGGAAACCAAUGGGUACAACUGGCGCCAAUGUACUCGACUGGCGAGCUCAUCAUGUAAAAGACGACCGGCAGUUGCGGAGCGGACUCCAGCAUUUUUACCCUAUGUGAAAGGAGUAACCGACACCAUCGGACACCUGUUACGCCGAAGAUACAGCAUCAGGACGAUCUUCCGCCCACCCGGUCAAUUACGAAACUUAUUACGCUCGCCUAAGGACAAGGAUCCACUGGCAGUUCCCGGGGUAUACAUGAUACCGUGCGACUGUGGCUCGAGUUACAUCGGGGAAACUCGCCGCAACAUCACAACCAGACUAAAGGAACACAUACGCAGUGUGAAGAACAUGGACACCCAUACAUCUGCAGUAGCCGAGCAUGCUUGUAGCGCGGGCACGACUCACUUCCUCCGUUUCGACAAGGUCUCCGUACUAGCGAGGGAGAAAUACUUCGUACCGCGGAAAGUACGUGAGGCCAUCGAAAUAAGUCGUCGUCCCAACUUCAACAGAGACGGUGGCUGGGCAUUACCUCCUGCCUGGAAGCCAAGUCUACAAUCUGCGUCAGCCUACAAUGUUGCGGGUCUGGAGUGUGACACAGUGAGCGCGGUAUGCAGCACCGUCUUUGCGUCGACCCGAGAAUCGAACCCAACACCUACGCAGCCGCCGGCGAACGAGUCUAACGAGCCAACAACGUCGCACGCGCCGUAUAGUACGCGCGAUUCCAGGCAGAGGGCGCGAUGGGCGCGAAACUCGAGUCGUCAGUAGCAGCGUGACAAUCGCCGCGUCGUGUGUCGCGAAAUGCUCCUCAUGAAUAUGAGCCUCUUGCAUGGCUUGAAACUAGUCGAGUUAAUCGUCAAAACGUUACGUGAGUAAGCCGAUAACAUAAUAAUUAACUUUGUAUAUGUUGUCUUCGAUACAACUCUCUUACAAUAUAUUUUAAAUGAGAGGAAAAUAUUUGUAAGUAGUAGUCUACAAGGUGACAGACUACACACUUGGAAGUAGGUACUGAUUGAGUACCUUAUCGGGAAAAUUCAUUGAAUUUCCAAAAUUUAUUCAUCGUCAGUCCACUUACAACACAGACAAAGACAAAACGGAGAAUGCUUCAUAACUAUAUUCCUAUUUGGAAUAAUGUUGCUGUACGUAUAUAAUGGCAAUACAAAACGUUUCUUGACGGUUGUCUUUGACACACCCCAUUUCAUAUUAUAUUAUUAAAUGCAACGAGUCAUAAGAAUAUUAAAGAAUAUUAAUACUUAUAUUUGGUUAAUCUUUGGUACAACUCUCGUGUUGUAAUCAUGGAAUAUAUAGAAAUGAUCUGUGUGUAGUCGGAUGGUAACAAAACAAGAGGGGAAACUUAAGUACACUCAUAAUCACUCAAUAAGUUUCUUGAUAGUUGUCUUUCGAUACAGCGUGCAUGCAUGCAGGAGCACCGCCUGAGACACGUACCAUAACACACCGAUGUAGAAACAUCAUGGCGGACUUGUGUAUACAACGACACAAUCACACGCACACUUAUAUACGGUUUACGUGAACUUACAAAAGGUAUCAGAUAGA